AUGAGCCGGGCCCCGGCGGGCCGGCGCCGGGCGGGGGGCGGCCGCAGUGCAGCUGCUGGUCACGCUGAGCUUCCUCCCGCGCGUCCUCGAGGCCCAGCUUUGCCGGAUGGACAGGCGGGGGAACAUUCAAAAGCAACGACAAAGGAAGAUGCCCCGUUUUUCACCAGAGUGGUGUCCCUGCUGGACGGGGAUGGCGAUUCCCUGGCUAGCGUGGAUGAUGACCUUGACGUGGACAGCAGAGAGGGAGAGGCCCCAUUGUUCACCAAGGUGGUGGCCCUGCUGGAAAGGGAGAGUGUUCUUACAGACCUACUGGUAGAGAGCAUCGAGGACUACUCCACCAGUGACGAUGAAGUCUCUUCAGCAUCCUCGCUGCUCUCUGACCCGGAGAAGGAUUCCACGGAAGACAACAAUUCCGACGAAAGGAGCCACCCUGCGCCUCUCUCGAGAAGCUUCCCUUCGGUGGACAUGGUGCAAACGACAAGGGAAGCAGAAGAAGAGGAGGACUCGGGAACGGGCUGCGCCACAGGACAGUGUGCCCACCACCCCGAGGCACCAGAGGCUCCUGGGGUGCUCCGACAAAGGGAGCCAGGAGGGCCCUGGGGCCCCACUUGCGGCUCCGAUUUGGGCCCGGAGGAGGAUUCGGCAUGAGCACACAAGGAAACACGCCUGCAGGGACGGCUCUCUUACGCCUGACCUCCGAAGGCCAAAGAGAAGACUUCAGGGCAGCCCACCCGAGGACGGCACUGGAGCCCCGAGGACGAGACGAGAGGACCCUCUGAGUCGGCCGCCAAACCCAGAGUUGGCUGCCCGGGCCCUGCCAAUGACGGACACUUGAAGCACGAGGCAACCACCUGGGCCCACAACAGUCCGUUGUGUGGGGAGACUGGGCCCACCUGGGACUGG